AUGGAGGAUUUGGGGGAGAGAUGGAAUCAACUCAAGUUAACAGAAGAUGAAAAUGCCAAAAUUGAAAUCAGAGUAGAGCAAAUUGAAAGAGUGUUGGCGGAGGGAGAUAGAUGUUUAGAAGGAAAGCUUAUCUCUGAGAGAAGGAUAAAUAAAGAGGUCAUCAAAAUGAACUUUAAGAAGGUAUGGAGAUUGAAUGGAUCCUUUAUGGUUCAUGAAAUUUGUUUGAAUUUGUUUGUGUUUGUGCUUGAGAUCCAGAAAGAUAAAGAGAAAGUUAUGAGUGGGAAACUGUGGCUAUUUGAUAAUCAGCUCCUUGUGCUGAAUGUUUUUGACGGGAUGACUCUACAAAAAAUGUGCUUCAAUUAUGAAAGUUUUUGGGUGCGUUUGAACAAUCUGCCUCUAGAUUGUAUGACUAGAGAGGUUGGUUUUCAAAUUGGAGCAACGAUUGGCAUUGUCCAUGAAGUGGACAUUAAUGACGAAGGGAUUGGUUGGGGAAGUGAUUUGAGAGUAAGAAUUGAACUGGAUGUGAGGAAGAUUAUAGCAAGGGGCAGGACAUCAAAUUUGGCAAGUAACAGAAUUUGGGUGCCAUUAACAUAUGAGAAGCUCCCCAAACUAUGUUUCAAAUGCAGGAGAAUUAAACAUGAUGGAGGGGGAUGUGAUGGAAAUGGGGAUAAAAAUCAGUAUGGGAGCUGGCUUCGAGCUCGACCAAGUCCUAGAAGGGGUGGCGUAGAGAGUAAACAAAAUCAUGGUGGAGCACAGAGGGAAGGGAGUGAGGGAUCUCAAGGAAGUGUGGGGAUAUGA